CAGCCAACCAACCAAUCAAUCGGGCUGUCAUCUGGACACUUUCUCUUUCGUUCGAAGGGAAGCAAAAGUUUUUCCAGCGUUCUAGAACGCUGGGGAGACCCCCCCCGCCCCCCCCUCGUGCGCUUUGAAGUCCCCCGAUCGCGCGUGGGAAAGCGCUUUCCCUUUUCUUCCCCUCGGCUUAACAGCGCAUCCCAUGGAGCUGGAGGAGACGCAGCCGGACAGCCUGGAGGGUUGGGUGGCCAUCAAGGAAAACAUCUUCGGCCAGCCCGAGCCGCCCCACAAGCUGCGCUUCUUGGUGGCUUGGAACGCCGUGGAGAGCAAGUUCGCGGUGACUUGUCACAACCGGACUUUGCAAGAAGAAGCCGGCGGGGAGAAGGAGGGAGGGAAGAAGGAGGAAAAGGAGGAAGAGGAGGAGGAGGAGGAGGAGGAGGCCGGCGAUGAGCAGCGGCUGAGCUGGGCCGGCUUGUACUCCCCGCAGGCCUUGGUGGGCGUCCACCGGCAGCUGGCGGCUUUGAACCAGCAGCUGGAGCCCUGCUUCCCCGCGCUGCCCCCUGCGCUGAGCGGCCCCAGCGGUUUCUGGGCGCUGCUGUUCCCCAGCUGCCCGGUUUUGGGGGAGACGGAGCUGGAGACCCUCUGCCGGCGCUUGGAAGCGUACUUCGGCUGGGCCUUGGAUGUCUGCGGACGGAAGACGGUCCUGGACUCGCUCUUCGCCCACGAUCAGGAGGAGGAGGAGGAGUAUUUUGAAAAUCUGCAGGAGUUCCGGAGGAAAAGUCUCAAGGCGCAGCUGACCGCCGCCAAGGAGACCUUGAGAGGGGUUCUUCACAAGCACAAAGAUGCUGAUAAGCUGGUAGAUUUAAUGGAGUUGUACAAGGAGGAAGAUGAAGCUUAUUUGGAGCUGGUCACCGUGGCAACUGAAUUCUAUCAAUAUUUAUUGCUACCCUUCCGAGACAUGAGAGAACUGGCCACGUUAUAUAGACUUGAGAUUCUGAAAUCCUUGCAAGCUGACCGGCUGGGCCCCAAGAGGGUAGAAGCUUUGCAGAAGGAGGCCAAGGAAUGGACGGAUCAGGCCGAGGAAGCUGUGUGCUCCAUUCAAAACGUCACAGUGGGCUACUUCAAGGAAACUGUGACUGCGCUCGCAGCAAUGCACAAACAGAUGGAGCAAGAUCAGAAGCGAUUUGGCCAAGCUGCCUGGGCCUCCGCUUCUCCAAGAUUAGAAAACUUAAAAUAUCUCCUAGCAAAAGAAAGCCUUCAGCAUAUGAGAGCCAGAGAAUUGUGCCUGAAGCACAAAAGAGUCGACAUCAGAAAGCAGAUGGAGACACUCAGCGAGCAGAAAAAUGACGUGGCUCAAGUGGAAAAACUGGAACUAGAAUAUUAUGGAACCCAGUUGGAGCUGUACGAGGUACAGUUUGAAAUACUGAAGAAUGAAGAGAUGUUGCUGGUUACGCAGCUGGAGACGUUGAAGAGGCAAAUGAAGGAGAUCCAGGAUGAAGUCAUUUAUUAUGACACCUGUGAGAACUCUGAGGAAUUGGAAGCCAUGGAUCAGGCCCUGGAGACAAGCCGUGCCUCUUCCUCUGAAGUGGCGCGGCUCAGGCAGAAGACCCAGCAGCUGGAGACAAAACGGGGCAUUAUCUGCUCCAGGAGAGCUUAUCUCAGGAACAAGAAGGACCAAUGCGAAGAGAGCCGGCGUUUGAGGAUAGAGCAGGCGCAGGAGACCACACGCUACUUCCAACAGCAUCACAACAUCCAGAUUAAAAGAGAGAAGAGAAAAGAAGACGAGAAAAAGAAAAAAGCCUGGAUAAAGGAAGAGCGGCAGAAAACUCUGGAGAGGCUGAAAUCAUUCAAGGAGAAAUGUCCUGCACAGUUUGUGCUGAAGACUUCCCGCUCUCAGCCCGUCAACUCCAAGCAGGCUGGACCGAGACGACCGCCAACUGUUCCUCCACAAGCUGGUCCAACAAGAAAAGGUCCAGCUGCCAAGCAAUCCAGGAAUGUCCAUCCGACACAAGUCAGGACUUCCAAAGCAUCGUCACAGAAGCCUCCCAGAGAUCUUCCCAUCCAGAUUUUUGCACCGCCGCAUGGGCCGGAACCUCCUAAGGAAGCUGUGGGAGCACCACUAUCUGUGCCCCCACCUCCACCUCCUCUUCCACCCCCACCCCCACCCCUACCACCAAGUGUCCAGACUGUUUGCCUAAAAAGCGCAGGAGCCCAAGAUAAACCAGGGGCUCUUGUGUGUGAAGGCUCAGCUAAAGGAAGUUCUUCCUUGGAGAAAGCAGAUGCUGCGUCCAGAUGCCCAACCAAGAAUUACACAGGGACCAUGGAUGAGGUCUUGGCUUCCCUCAAGCGUGGGGAAGUCCUCCUUCGCAAAGUGGAGCUGACCCAACAGGCGCCCUCCGGUGGCAACUCCCUCAACGACAGCAUUCUCGCCGCCAUUAGGCAGGGGGUUAAACUACGCAAGGUCAGUCAAGAGCCCAGGGAAGGCGCCGCGAAGGGUUCGGGCAGCGAACUGGAGCAGAGCAUCAAGGCAGCCAUCCAGCGGAUUAAGAAGGUCUCGGCUGACUCCGACGAUGAUGAAAACGGAGAGUUCAACAAUGAAGAAUGGAACAGUUAACAGAACACUUGGCCGGAAGCUCGUGAGGCAUUGAGUGAGAAGGCAGCUAACCGUACAGAAGUGCCAAACAGGAAGAGUGGUCUGGACCCCAACAGGUUGGCUAACGUCCUGCAUGAAUCGGGCAUCCCAGAAUUGUUAGCAACACUCUGGAGUUUAGGGGCGGCUGAAGAAGUGUGGAAAAUGCCCCUUGAUCGACGUCAGAAGUUUCCAAGGGGUUGAGUAAAUUUAAGACAAGUCCUUUACUGACAUUGAGUUUUAUGCUUUGAAGUUUGCACAUUUUCUUUCCUUCUCUUUUGGCAAGGGAAUCGGGACUCCUUAGAGCAAGGGUCCUCAACCUGAGUGGGGCUGCGGCCCACUAGUGGGCUGGGUGGAGUUUGCAACUGGGCUGCAGAAACAGCUGGCAAGCACAUGUGCGCACACCCGUAUCGCUUGCAUGAGCAGUGGGUGAGCUCAUGCGUGCAUGCAUAUAUGGUAAUAUAUGUGGGAGGCAUUGGGUGCCCUUGUCAGCCACAAGGACAAUAUGAGCCAGCAGUGGGAUCAUCAUCAUCAUCAUUUAACGACCCCAUAAAUCCCUUGCGGGGUGGAGG